AUUGCCGAAAUUUAACGAACGCGCUGAACACUUUCCUUGGAACGCUGCCGAUCGAGCUGGUGCGCACGCUCUUUCAUCGAACACGCGGAUCCUCGAAUAGCGUGCGUUUCGUUCGAGGAUCAAGAUCGAGCGGCCGCCGCAUAAUUUUUCAUCGACGAAACGAUAGAACACGCUAUCUGUUAGCGUUCUAUAGAACACCGGCGGUCGGCGUUUAGCGCUGCGCGUGACAAUACCGGUCCUCGAACAGCUGGAAGUCCAACGCGAUACACGCGAGGAACGAUGGGACGAGCUGCCCGGUUAUGUGUCUCGUUUUUAAUCGGCACGCCGGUACGUAACGUUAAGCAUUUUCCAUUUACAAGGAUACCCAAUCCCAUUGAAACGGGCAGCGAAUAGUUUCCCGGAUCUCUAUCGCCGGCAACAAGUAAUAACGCAACCCUUGCGCAACCGUACAGACCAUGAUGGCCGGAAACGCCGCGGAAUCGUUUGGAAAAUGAAACUUUGUUCGAAACGUUUCCGCGAAUAACUGUCAGGAAGUUUGAUAGGUGGAAUUUUCAUCGGGUGCGCAUCUACGUGAUCGCUAUCGAAAUUUUCAGCCAUUUAUACGUGAUCCCGCGUUGUGUGCACGCCCGUGUGUAAUUCCUAUCAGGGUGUACAGACGAUAAUGUCAGCCGAGUUAAAUCACGCAGCGAUAUCUAAUUUCGCUGGUUGUUUCAUGCGUUCGGACGACCCGUGACUACACUCAUGACUAAACUCAACGAGAAAUACAUUUGUACGAUCGGACUCGUUUAAAAUGUACAACCAUAAAGUCUAUUAGAAACGAACAUCAAGGUGUUUGUAUAUUUAUUUGAAACAACGCGCGUUUGUUUUCCCGCCGAUCGAACUCGUCGUAAGUCAACGGUGAAAGUAAGUCGCGAUUUCGAAUUAUUUCGCGCAUUGGAGAUUUGAAAUUCGACCGUUAAGAAAACGGUCUACCGAUUCGGAGGGUUUUAAGGCGCCGUUUUUCAAGCGCGUAGUGCGCAGCCGCGAGCGGCGCCGGCUGCGCGCGCAGCUGCGGCCGACCAAUCGGCGGGUCGGGUGGUAGAGGGUGCUCCGAUCGAUGCGCUUGGCCUGGGAGCGUGCGCCAGUGGCCGAGCGUUGACAGCGCGAUAAGCGUCGCGGUGGAUCGAGCCACAUAUAAAUCUAGCUCUGUAGGUGUUGCGGUUCUAUAUCCCGUUUUCUCGCGUUCCCUUAAUUGAAAUCCUGCGGCCCGCGUCUUUGUCGCCCGUUUGCCGAUGCCGUCGCGCGUCCCGCGAUGAAACGAUGAAGCUGACGAGCACGAGCAACGACGAUUGUCAGGAAGAUGCCGGUAAACCGCUUCUCGCACACGGGAAAUGUGGCCCAGCCGGACACUGUCGCGUCCUAAUCGUGAGUAACUUGGAAUAUCGCUUGUCCCGCGAGGAUCCCUGCUCACGGAGGCAAACACUUGAUUCCUGUCCAACCGUUUUCUUCGAGAGAACGAACUACCGUCCCCAUGCUUGGCAGCGCCUUUCCCGGGACCACUUUAGUUGCAGAGCCUCUCGAGGAUGGGUUCCCGAAGAAGCGGGUCCAGCGGGAGCCGGGCGAACGCGGGCGUUCUCAAGGAACGCGCCAACAUGUCGUUCAUGCUGGUGGUGAUGUUCUUCGCAGUGUUCGGCAUGAUCGUGCUUACAGAGAUAUUCCUGAUCAACGAGAGGCGUGGCGUGGGCGUAAGUGGCACGGGAGCUCUAGGAGGUCACAGGAGCGGGCAUCGAUUGCCGGCUGCGCCAGAUCGGCCAGAUUAUGGAGAACUCGGAGCUGAAGAUUAUAUUGGGUUGAAGGGCAGCUUCGACGAUCAUAUCGGAUUAUUGGUGCACGGGGAGGACGGAGGGCAGAAGACCGCGAUACAACUGGACCCGAGAGGUUUGCCGAGCUUGCCGCAGAACUUGGAAGCCCGUUUGCCGCAACCUGAUCAGAGCUUGAGGAUCACGGACGCCGAAUGGUUGCCGGUCACGAAAACCAGAUUCAAAUUCUUCGUGUACUCGGCGUACUUCGACGACAGGGUGGGCGGCGCGGGCACGCCGGCAGGCAAAAAGCAGGGCAUGGUACGCAUAAUAAGCGCCACCAAGACCAGAGGACCGGAGCCCGUUUGGUGUAGAUUUUGGUAUCGGACGGAGAACGGGGGGAACGUGACCGCUUCCGUGACGGUGGCUGCUAAAGUGAAGGUGAUCAGAGAGAAUUGGAACUUGAAGUACAGCGCCUGUUUCGUGAUUUGCCCGUUACCGAAGGAGUCGCCGGCGACCGAUAGAGUACCGGAAACGGUGAGCGUUGUGGCGAGGUUGAAAGCAGCCCCAACCAACCGUAUCCUUGUGCAAAAUCGACCGGAAAGCAGGACGGACGACAAGGAAUUGUUGGCCGUUUGCGUGAAACCUUUGCACUACGACUACAACAGGGUGCUGCAACUUGUGGAAUUCAUCGAGUUGCACGGGCUGCUUGGCGCCACGCACGUGACCCUUUACAACGACACGGUCGGCGCAGAAGCCGGAUGCGCUCUCAAGUACUACGAAGCGAAAGGUCUCGUGACCGUGCUACCUUGGCACCAUUUGGACAUGAUUUCACAGCACGAGAUCCGCACGGAAGGGCUGUUUGCCGCCCUCAACGAUUGCCUUUACCGAUCGAUGUACAAAUACGAGUACGUGGCGUUGGUGGACCUCGACGAGUUCAUUAUACCGAGGCACAACGACACGAUCAUUGAUCUCAUAAGAUGGAUGAGCAGCCGCAUAAAUACCAAGUCGACCGGAGCGUAUUCAUUCCAAAACGCUUUCUUUUACCUCCAAUGGGCGGACGACCCGUUCAUAGUGACGAGUCGGACACCGAUCGAAGCCGGCCUCAUCACACUAAGGAAGACAAGACGCAGAGCAAAGCUGCACCCGCACAAGCAACGCUCCAAAUACAUUUGCAAGCCCCAGAACGUCGUGGAGGCCGGCAACCACUUUGUCUGGGAGUUCAUUCCAGGACACGGUACCCUAAACGUGCCCUCGGACGCCGCGAUCCUCCAUCAUUACCGGGUCUGCGAGUUCGGCGGCGACGACUGUAUCAAGACCCAAUCGGUAGUCGAUCGAACGGCCUACAAAUACAAAGAUAGAUUGGCGGAGAACGUUGGCAAGACUUGGACGGACCUGAGCAGCGAGUGUCUGCUGCCUAAAUUGGAACCGGUACCGCCAAUCACCCAGCGAACGAAGACGGGUCCCUUGUUGAAACUGGUCAGGUAGCAGAAGACCAUCGUGGACGAACUGUGGGAGAUCGGUAACUUCACCGGCACACCGAAGGUAGCCAGGACUUAUUUCUACAACUACGGUGGCCCUUGACUCGUGUUUUUCUACCCUUUCUCGGGCCACAAAUCUCGUCUCCGGCGAACGGAAACCGGAGAACGGUGCCUGUCCGACAGUGACGGAGGCGCGACGCUCAUCGACAAAGUUGACGAAUACAUAAUAUUUUUCUACGUGAGAAAGACGCGCGAUCGGCCGGAACAACACGGGAACACGUGUACUCCGCGUCCUGGGCCGAUCGCGCAUCUCUUACGCUAUGGUGCUUCUUUCACGAUUUUAUACCUAUACAUUUACCUAGACGUUCGUUUCUGUUCCAUACUACGUCCGAUCUACGCGGGAACCGACUGCAUCGGUUCGUGGAUGUUUGUUACGCAGGGCCUACACCUCGGUCUACACCGCCGGCUAUAACGUGAGAUUCGAUAUUUAAAUACUGUUGUCUUGUUGAUACGUUCUUUUUCGAACACACCUAUAAGUCCGCACAACGUAUAAAGAAAACAUACGCAUAUCCAUAGGAUCAAUACCUAGCCGUAGUUUAUGUAUGUAUAAUAUGUAUCUAGAACAUCCAGUGUAUUUAAUCUAUAGCGAGCGCGUAGCGAAUGCGUAAUGUUUAAAAGAAGCAACAAAAGAGAAAUGUAACGGAAAUGAUGGACCGCCGUUUACACCCUAGCUGUUCGUGCCCGGUUGAUUGGUGACGCUGCAGGACAGCCAUCUUAGAUGGCUUGGACUCGCCGUACUCGCGACGUGUGUAUUUUGGUGAGACUUCGACCGUUUUGAACAUGUCCGAAUGUGUGGGUCUUUCGAAUGGAUUUUUUUCAAGCGUACACUCAUCAGCUUCGUCGAAACGAAACGUUUCAGUUGUUCGUUUAGGAAAUUGAUUUUAGUUCAUCUUUGUUUCCGGAAUCGGCGUGGACUUGACGUUGUAACGAUUUCGCUCGUUGUCGACCAGUUUCGCGAAUAUUUUCUCAUUCAUCGCUCGGUGAAAGUACUUUUAUGGACGAGCAUCGUUACACGAAAAGCGUGGUCACGUCAGGCGAAAGAGGCUCGCCGUGUUGUUGAUCGUUCACGCGACCGCCGCGCCGGGAUAGAACGGAUUUUUAGCUGCGCCGGUCACGCGAGCAGGCGUCGCGUCGCGCGGCAAUUAAAACGACAACCCGUUUCUAUUCGUUUCGUAAGGGUUACAUUUUUUACACGCACAUACGUUUAUGUAUAUAUGUGUAUACACAGGCGUGUACGUGCAUCUACGUACGCAGCACGUAGGAUAGGCGAAUUACAUACAUGUGAUCGGUGCUGAGCCAGAAUCAACGCGUGGUGUUUGCUCGCGUUGAAACAGAGAGUUAAUAAAUAUUAUACGUCGACAAUAUGUAUUUUGAUUCCCUUGAAAAUAUAUUUCGUAACGCGUGUCUGGAAUGUAGCGUUCCAUUGAUUGGUGCUCGCUAAGAUUGAGUUGUGGUCUUUUUACGGUAAACAUGUGUAUCGAGGAUUUAGGGAAGAGGCACGAUGAAGGAUACCGCGAUGGUGCUUUUUAUUGUUGUACAAAUUUAGAUCGAACUUGAUACAAGGGAAAAAUGUCGAGGGUAAAUCUGGUAGCGUUAAAUGCGAUGCGAAAAGCGUGCGCCGAUCCGUGGAACACUGUACGCGUGAUGUUACACAAAACGAUUGGGUUCUGAAUUAUUUGACAAAGCUAUAUAUACGUGCGUCUUAAGUGUUUUUUACUGACGUUACAGUUUACAAUGAGUCUGGAGGAGUAAUCGAACGCAUUACUUUUUAUCAAAUAUCUAUUUACAGUUGUAUUGUAAAAAAUCUGCGUGACACUGAUCGAUAAUUACACGAACGGUAUAUUUUGUAGUUUUUGUAACUGUCUUUUUAUAAGGGUUAAAAAUCCUCA